GGGAAGGAAGGCCUGUCUAGCUGAGGAUAUUGGACUUUGUAUGGCAUUGAACGGAAGAACUAUGUUUCCAGCCUUCAAAUAUUAUGCAAUAGACUAUUUACAAGAGGACAAAAUUAAAGAGAGGCUUUACAGAGAUGCUUUAUUGCUUCAGAUUCCUUCAUGUUUAAAUCAAGAUAAAAGCAUUAUUGAUGAUGAAUAUAGGAGUCCAUGGACAAGAGCUAUUCCAGUUCAGGAAAUGGAAGAUAAUUCAGUCUUGGAGCAGUGGAGAACAAGAUUCUGUGUGGAGGAUGUUCCUGAGAAAAAGACAGUUACAGGAGUGAUGAUUAAUGGCACAUUUGAGGAAAUUGUUCCAAGUUCCAAUCCAAACUCUCCACCUGGAAUAGAGAACGACAAACUGUUCCCCAGUAAGGACUACGUAGACGACUUUAUUCCUGUCAAGUGUUCCUUGUACUACCCCGGAGUGAAAGUGGAGCACCAAGUAUUGCUUAUUGAUGAGGAAAUGAUUUUUAUGAAUAAUGCAAUGGACAACCAUCUACCAACUGUGAAUGGUCUCCUGAGCAGACUAAAGCUCUAUCUGGUGAAGGAUCCAUUUUUAGAUUUCAAAGAAGAGCUCUCUGGAAAGGAUAAUUUCACGGAGUAUUUCUCUGUUCAAGAACAUUCGGAACCUUUUGUGAGAGAUUUCCGUAUUGCUGAGGAGACCUUUUGUAAGAAGAAACUACCAUCAGUUUUUCCUUCUGGGUUUAAAUCCUUGAUAUCUACAAACCCCAAACAAGAAAUUCUCAUUCUACCACCAUCAAAACUGAAGAAACCAUUAAACUCGAUACCGAAAAUAAUGGACUCUGUAGAUGAAAGUGAAUGUUUCAAAGGAGACAUUACUUCCAAGCAUGAAUUUGAUACUGAGGACAUAAAAUGCAACUCCACAGAGAACUUAACUUUUGCAAGCCUUUGUGAACCAGAGUGCAGUGAGCCAGGAGACCUAGAAAUGCCACCAACCCAUCUAAGCUCACCAUGGCAGCAUUCUGCAGUGAGUUCAUUAUACUCGGGAUUUCAGACAUUUCCGUUUUCUGCUACAUGUAAAAUUAAUUUGCUUAGUGCUGGAGAAUCAGCUAAUAAAUAUUGUAUGCUGUGGCAACUGGGAGGCUGCAGAAACUCUUGGGUCUCAUUCUUGCUUACAGUUCCAAGAUUUCAAGAACCCAGCAGUCAAUAUUCACUUGCAGAUAUGAGGAACAUCUUUUCUAUCAAAGGAGACAGCCUUGUGAUUAACCCUGCAAAAGCAAAGGGGUGGAGACAAGUACGACUACAUCCAAUAAUGGCUGAAACGCUGGCGCAUCUGAAGGCGUAUUUGUGCCAUAAUGGUCUGUCUUCUCAGGAGACUAAGCUGGAGAUCUUUCUGCCUACAAAAGUGUUUCAGCUGGAGUCCUGGCUAGAACUUAAGAGUCGUCCCUUGCCCAUUGUGCCAAUCAGUGAGAAAUCUACAGAUGUUCACCAGUUACAUCCACAGAAGAGACCCAUACCCUCUUCAGAAAAGGAAGUACCAUACCUUUGUUUGUCCCGUGAAAGUAUCUCUGUUAAAAAAUCCAAAGUAGAAGCAAAUCCAAAGAAUGAUCAAGAACCAGAGGCUAGAAUAACGCAGAAGCCCGAGGACAGCUGUGUUGGACUUGGCUGUUCAAGUCAAGUGCCAUCUGCUGAAUCAGCUUCCUCUUCCCAGAUCAAGGCAUCUUAUGAUAAAAAACAAGAUGAUUUGGACCUUCUGAGCGAGUUUAUUAUUCUGAGAAGUAAACACCAGACUUUCCCUUCAGAAGCUGAUGUCAAAAGCCAUGACCAUGACCAAAACAAUGAAUUUCAAGAUAAAGAAAAAUAUUCUUUGCCUCUUCAAGAAGAAAGUCCUGUUAUUUCUAGUAGUAAAGCUCCAGAGGAGAGAUGUCAAGAAAGGACAGAUGACGUCAUCGAGAUCCCCGCAUCAGACACCCAGUGCCAAGCAUACUGUCUCCUAGAAGCCACAGCGAUUCCUAUCUUAAAGAAGCUUGUUUGCCUCUGUACUUACCCUGCAGCCAAUUGGAAAUUCGCCACUGUCAAUUUUGACCAAACAAGAUUCUUCUUAAAGGAACAAGAAAAAAAAAUAAAUGAUGCUAUUCACCACGAUAAAAAUGAUGACAGAAAAAUGACAUUCAGGCAUGCUGCUCUCUUACAUCUCCUGGUAACAAUUAGAGAUGUCCUUUUAACAUGCAACUUGGAUACUGCAUUAGGAUAUUUGUCAAAUGCAAAAGAUAUCUACAAAAGUGUGUUAGACUCCCGUUUGGAUAACAUUUGGAGACAGCUAAAAAUUUUACAGUUUAUUAAGGAAAAAAGGCCUAAAACCAACUAUAAGAUCCAAGAAUUGCAAUGUCAAAUACUAAGUAGGCUACAGAAUCAACAACAAAUGAAGGUACUGAUUAUAAUAAGAAUGGACUCAGAUGGAGAAAAGCAUUUGCUCAUUAAAACACUUAAGAAAAUAGAAGGUAUAACAAUGACUGUUUUACGUUCAAAUGACAGAAAAAAAUUUCUGGAAACUACCAGUAUUUUAAAAGGUACACAUGCCUGCGUGGUUGUGCACAACCACAGUAUCGGAGCGGAUUUCCCCUGGAGCAGCUUCUCGCUCGUGGUGGAGUACAACCAUGUGGGGCACUCUUGCUGGGCUGAGCACUGCCAACUGUUGGAUAUACCUUUCCUGGCCUUUAAAGUCGCUGUUCCAGACACAGGUCUACAGAGAGAUGCCUUGCUGGAUCGAUUUGGUGGGUUUCUCUUGAAAAUUCCCAUUCCAUAUGUAUUUUUUGCAUCUGAAGGACUUCUCAAUACUCCAGAGAUACUCCGGCUGCUGGAGUCCAACUAUAAUAUCACACUAGUGGAGAGAUGCUGCUGUGGGUCACUGAAACUCUUCGGAAGUACAGAGUGCUAUGUGGUGGUGACAGUCGACGAGCAUACUGCUAUAGUUGUGCAGGACCUAGAAGAGUUACAUCAUGAGAAGGCAUCAGACAACAUCAUUAUGAGAUUAAUGGCACUGUCGUUCCAGUACAGCUGUUGCUGGAUAAUACUGUAUUCCAAGGAAACACUAAAUUCACAAUACCAUCUUACAGAAAAGACACUUCGUCACCUCGCACAGAUUUAUGCAGCUUUGGUUUCCUCAGGCCUGAAGUCUGAAGAACUGGAUGUAAAGCUUAUAAUUGCCCCCGGAGUAGAAGAGACUGCUUUAAUAAUUCGACAAAUUGCAGACCACAAUUUAAUGACGUCGACGAGAGAUCCCCAUGAAUGGUUGGAUAAAUCCUGGGUGGAAGUUUCACCUUCUAAGGAGGAAAUGAGCCUACUUGAUUUUCCCUGUAUUAAUCCACUGGUGGCUCAGCUCAUGUUACACAGGGCGCCUUCACUGCACUGGCUCCUGAUAGCAACUCCUGCUGAGCUCCAGGAACUCCUGCCCCAGGUCCCAGGCAAAGUACUGAAGCAUUUUUGUAGCAUCACUUCCUUGUUCAAGAUUAGUUCUCCCUCCAUGACAACGUCUUCUCAGAUUUCAUCACUUCAGGAAGAUAUGAAUCAAACUGAUCUCUUUAUUUCUCAGAGUUCAGCUCCUAUCAUUCAAGAACAGGAAGAAUAUUAUCCCUAUGAAGACUCGGAAGGCACAAGCUCUUCUCCUGUGGAGCUAAGAGCAACUCCAUGCAUGCUGCCAUCUGCAGCACCGCACAGUCAGAGGGGCUGCUGGGAGGACCCCGGCUGUGGCCCUGACCCAGUGCAGAAUAACCCUUCCCUAAUGAAUGCAGAAUCAAAGAGAAUCACCUGGCCCUCCUUUCCCAGCUGGAGUGAUUCAGAAUCAGAUGUCUUUUCUCUGGGCCGAACACAAGUAUGCUGUGAACCCAUAAUGCCACUAACUGAUUCUCAAAGGAGGCGCACUCAUGGUUUUGUAAAUUGUCCUGAAGCAAAAGGACACAGUAACAUGCAAGUGUCCACCCCUGUCUUUUUACCAGAGAACUCCCAGUCCCACCUUUACUGGGACUUUAAGAAAAACAGUUGUAGAAAACAGAUUUACUCGUUCAAUCCAAGCUGUGAAACAGAACAGACUACUUACAACAAAUGGUACUCUCAAAAAGAUGACUUCUCCAGUAAUCAGCCAGAGUGUCUGUGGGGUGAGUUGGAAGAUGUCACAUACAGAAAUGCAACUGCUGGGACCCAGGAGACUUUUUGGAGAGAACUGCCAGCUGUUCCAAGUUGGGAUUCACUCUGUGCUUCUGAUUCUAAUGCAAAUCAAAGAGGGUUCAAGGGCCUUAAUUUCUGCCAAAGAGCUGGAAACUACUUAGGACAGAGAAGGCUCCCUGUAUCUUCAUCUAAUUGGGGAGAUUACAAAACACCAACAGACUUAAUGUACUCACAAGUACCACAACCCAAGAAACGACGUCUAAUGUAUGAGAAAGUCCCUGGAAGAGUGGAUGGGCAAACCCGGCUGAAGUUUUUAUGAAAAAACAGAAGGGACAGUGUCACCUGCUAGAUUCUACUUCAUUAUGCCAAUCCAGUAACCAAAGUAUUUAGGCUUGACUCUACAUCAAAGAAAAUGCCAUUGUUUUUACAUGUCCUCAGUGUUUAUAUCUAAGUCUGCUUGUCUGCCUUAUCAAUUAGCAUAAUAAGCAUAAAACCCCCCAACAGUAUUCAGAUUCCUGUGUGCUUCGCAGGACUAUUGUCUUUUUAAAGACCUGUCCUUUCACUUAUGUAUAUGCAUGUGGAGUGUGUGCACUUAAGUAGAGAUGCCCUGGGAGGCCAGAGGAUCCCAAGUCCCCAUCAGAGUCUUGUUUUUUUUUUAAGGUUUAAUUUUUUAUUAUUAAAUUGUGUAUCUGCAUGUUGGAAUGUGCAUAUUGAGUGCAGUGCCUGUGGAAUCCAAAAGAGGGCACCUGAGCCCCCGGAGCCUUGGUUACUGGUGUCUGUGGGCCGUGGGAGCUAUGUGCGAGGAACCACAGUGCAGUCCUCUGCUGGAGCAGCAAGCACUCCUAACCACUGAGCCAUCUCUUGAGCUCCCCACCCCUCACAGUCUGACAGUUUGAGUCAAGCAGUGAGGAGCACCCCACAAGGGGAGAACUGAAGCCAAAAGAGCUCUGCACAUUCCCCCAAACCAAUUAGAAAGAGUGCCGAGAAAUGCUUGCACCCUAGACUGCGGGAGGAGUUCACAUUCUGUUGUUUGUCUGUCUGUCUGUCUGUUUUGAAACAGAGUCUCACUCUGUAGACCAGGCUGGCCUCAAACUCACAGAGAUCCACCUGCUUCUGCCUCCCGAGUGCUGGGACUAAAGGUGUGGGCCGUCACCACCACUACCCAGCAAGAGUUCCCAUUCUUAAUAUACAAAACACCCUUUCAAACUGGAGGGAAAAAGGAAACAUAAUAGAAUAAGUCAAGUAUCUAAACAGAUAGUCUCAGAACAAGACAAACUUGUAAAUAUUUAGGAUAAGCCACUUCGUUGUUUGUUACAGAGGUACUGUCUACUAAAUAAAUCACUGUUUUUCACCUAUCACAUUGACAAAAGGUUGAAAAUUCAGAUUCCUAGGGUCAGCAUGUCAGAGAAGAGUAUUUUCCUGUAUUGUCUGUACACCCUUUUAGACCCCAGUCCAGGUGACAGCUAACAAAAUGUAAGAUGACUAGAUAGUCUGACUCGGGGGUUAUAUUACUAAGAAUUUAUCUUAAGUAAAUAUUAACUGUAACAUGAAACCUAUUUUAAGUACAGCUUGUGUGUAAUAGGUAAAAUUUAUAGACACUUGCUACCAGGACAAAGUAAACAUUUAGAGUAUACCAUGAAACUUUAUGAAAAAUAACCAUAGUGAAAAUAGACAGUUCCAAUUUGUUCAAAAUGGUUUAGUACAUACGGGGAUCUCUGAGCAAGCGUGAGUUCCACACUUUGUGAUGCAUGGGCAUUCGUUGGAGUGGAGCUAGGAAGUAGCUCAGGGGUGGUGACUGCCCACACAGAGGUCUGGGUUUGGUUCCCAGCAGAUCAUAACCUGGGCCUGCCAAAGUCAAACGUGGUGAUCCUUGGCUACAUGGCUAGGUUAAACAGGUAACAGAAACACGAAAAGGACACCUAGAUCAUGAUUACUUCGGAAUCCCAUUUACUGACAUCUGAAUGAUGCUUGGAAUUAGGGAGGCCCCUCUGAUAGCUUCAUUUUCUCCACUUUUGUAUUCCUGAGAACGUCUCAGUAGUGAAUGCCAUGCGGGGCUAGGUCAGAGAGCGCUGUGGCUGGGGACUGAGGGUUGGUUUUCAUGUUAUACUUACAUCUACAUUUGAAGAUAAUAACAGAAUUCAGGGAUUCC